CGGGCGGGCACGCCUGAGGCCCGCCGAGGGCAGCGGCGGUUCGGCCUCCCCGGGGCCGCCCCUGGGCGGGCAGCCCGGUGCCAGGCCCGCCCCACCCCGCCGCCAGGUGCGGGGCCGCCGCCCGCGGGCCCAGGCAGAGCCGUCGCAGCCUGCGCCAGGUGGGGCGGCUCCUGCGGGCCGGGCCGGGCCGGGCAGACCCUUCCGUCGGCGGGUGCCGAGCCGAGGCCGCCGCCAUGAGCAAGAUUUCCAAGUUCUUCAAGGGGGGCGGCUCGGCCGCCUCCAAGGGCCGCGGGGGACCCUCGCCGCAGGAGGCGCUGGCCCGACUGCGGGAGACGGAGGAGAUGCUGAGCAAGAAGCAGGAAUACCUGGAGACGAGGAUCGAGCGGGAGCUGGCGGCAGCCCGGCAGCAUGGCACCAAGAACAAGCGAGCUGCCUUACAAGCACUGAAGAGAAAAAAGAGAUAUGAGAAACAGUUGAGUCAAAUUGAUGGGACGCUUUCAACCAUUGAGUUCCAGAGGGAGGCAUUGGAAAACUCCCAUACCAACACAGAAGUGCUCAAGAAUAUGGGUUAUGCUGCACAAGCUAUGAAAAAAGUGCAUGAAAAUAUGGACUUGAACAAAAUUGAUGAUUUGAUGCAAGAUAUCACUGAACAGCAAGAUGUUGCCCAGGAAAUUUCAGACGCUAUUUCAAACCGAGCCGGCUUUGGUGAUGAGUUUGAUGAGGAUGAGUUGAUGGCAGAAUUAGAAGAACUGGAGCAAGAAGAAUUGAACAAGAAAAUGAGAGAUGUCAGGCUGCCCAGUGUUCCGUCCACAUCGCUGCCUUCUCGCCCUGCAUCGACCAGGAAGAGAGUGGAGGAUGAAGACGAAAUGAAGCAGCUGGCUGCCUGGGCUUCAUAAGAACAUGAUCUUUUUAUAACACUGAACUUUAGAGCUGUAAUGCUGUUUUAUAACUGUACUGAUUUAGUGUGGUUGCAUCUCAUACAGGCUAUUUUUUUUAUUUUUAUGGCCAAUCUUGGUAAGAGUACUGUUACUGCCAUAUUACAAAACUAGUUUAAAAACAAACAAAAAAAUACAAUAGUUGCCAAAACCUCCAGGCAUCAAAGUUGUUUUUUCAGCGUAGGCUAGAGAUUGUUGCUAUUAGUAUCAGUUUUUAUUAGGUAAUGUCUUACUAUGUCUUGCUGGUUGGUAAAACCCUUGUGCCUCACUUAUGCACACAGCUGGAAAAAGUUCAAUAAGUUAUCAAAGCUCUGUCCUAGGGGGUUAUUUGGUUCAGACUAUUUGAAUAUUAGCAAAACAGCUUUUUCCAUGUCCUGAUUUGCAAAUUCCUUUGAGUCUAAGAGCUAACAGCCAUUCAUUUGGGCAUGGAGAUUUAGACAGUCUGUCUGGAGCAACUUCUGGUGUCCUAGAUAUUAAGAGGAGACUCUUCUGUAGAUUUUUUGAAGUGGGAUAGGUUUUUUGGUUGGCUUUAAACUUUGGCCAGAAUACCCUUGCACAUCUAUAGGUCGACUUGAAUUGUAUUUUGAACUAUUUCCUACUCACUUAGAGAACAGUUUUACAAUGACUGGGGAAAUGAAAUGUCCAAGAUGUUAUAGAUCCCUGCCAAACAAAACUGAUUUCCGCUAACCCUGUCAAAAACCCAGAAGAGAGUUGACUUUCCUGUGUUCUUCUCCUCCACUGUGUCUUUCUAGGGUGAGUCUUUACUUUGUAUGAUAAUACCCAUCCUCAAAGGAACUGGUAACACAAUGUUUUAAUUAUACCAUUUCAAAAUAAUUUUAAUUUCUGAGCAUUUGGUUCUUUUCUCUUAUUCGGUUUCUGAAUGGAAAUAAUAUGAGCAUGUUGCAUUUGAAAUGCCUUGCUAAGCCUGGUUAAAAGCUGAUCCUGAAUUGCUUGUAAAGUCUGACAUGUUAUUUUCCUACUGACAGCUUUUUAGCUUAAGGAACAAAUGCCACUCUGAGUGCUAAACUACUACACAUAUAGAGAAAUCACUGUUCAAGUACAAAACAAAAAUUAAAUAGGCUGGUUUGUACUAAGAAAUGUUAUUAAAUAAGAUUUAAGCUCUGUGCUAGUAGCCCACUGUCAAUCACAGAGAAACAGUAAAACACUGUGGAGUUCCUAGGGAUGUGGGAAGCAGAGUCACAUCGAUAAAGGUUUCUUGUUUUCAAAUUAGUUUAAAUUUACUGGUGAUUGAACCGCUUGGGGAAUAGUGGGAGACUUCGUUUCUGAAGAUCUAUAGCAACAGAAGACUGAUCCCUUCUCCUGUGGGCUUUAGUCUGUGAUGUGCUGGGUGUUUCGCUUCAACAGGCUACAACAGGCUUCGGCUUAUUGGAUUUUAGAUUAAGCAUACGCUAAUGUGUGUUUUUUGGACAUGGCGUGGUGGUGUGCUCAAAACAUUUCAAGAUGAGUUCCAUGGAUGAAACCCAAAAUUUACAAACCCUGUGGAGAGAUUCAGUUUUUCAGGACUUUUUCAUUCUCUGUUGUGGAAUUGCUUUUGGUUUGCAUCCAUAUGAAAGGAGAAUCAAGCCUUGCCACUUUACUUGGGAUAAAUUUCCUACUGGAAAAAAUUAAGUUUGUUAAUUCUGUCCCAAAGUUUGGAGGUACCAGGAAAAUUGUCCCUUUCUGUUGAAAGUAGAGAAAACAUAGAACUAUUCAAUUUGCAUCUUAAAAACAAACAAUAAAAAAGAACUGCCUUACAAUUUGAAAAUACAUUUUGAACUCUCAGUAGGAAAAACAAACACUAAAAAUAUGUUACUCAGUUUUAAUGCUUGCUGAAAUUCAGGAUGAGAUGCCAGCUGAAAGCAGGCAUAUUUAAUAAAAUAACAAAUACUCUGAGUUAUUUAGAAUCCAUUUGCUAAUCCUUUUGGCUGGAAUCCUGUUUUCAACAUGUGCAGUCUAUGCAAGUCUCUGAACUGGGUAGAAAAAGUACUGGUGUGCGCUGAUUGCAUCACUGUGUGAGGCUGGCCAUGUGCUUGUGGACGCAUCUGGUGUUUCUAAAUGCAAGGCUGUGCCAACAUAGUCCCGUGCUUAGCUUGGAACAGCUGCCUUCUAGCAUCUGUUCUUGGUCGAAUUAGUAGUUUUCCAAUACUUGGCACUUAUGUAGCACUUAGCAAAUUUAAAAAGUGGUCUACAACCUAACCGAAAUAGGUCUCUCAGCCUCCAGUUUGAAACUAUAGUGAUUUUCAGUCUGUUUUUGUGCAAGAACUUUCCAUGUGAACACUCUGCAGGGAAGAAAUCCUAGGGAAGGCCUUCUCCUUUGCAAGCUGGUGCCUGACUGCUGACCUCCAGCAAUAUUUUGUCCAAGUGUUGAUCCUGGGAAUCUUCAGGUGUCUUCAGCUUAUUGAUUUCAGGCCAGGUACUUUAGGAACUAAAUUUCUGAAGGGUGAAGAAAAGCUGUAGUCGUUUGUGUGAGCUUCUCUAAAAGCUUGUGUGUAGUGGCUGGUGAUUCUGGAGGACAGUCACGUAGCAGCUCACAGGGUAGGACAUGUGUGGUUGGUGAAGCUAUAUGCAGAAGUACUAUAGGCUAAAAUACAGUAUGGACCUCCAGAACUGGAAUGCUUGUUGCCAUAGUUGUUUGGAAGACAGUAGAUGACAGGUUUUCUUCAAAAGCGAAGGUGUUCUAGGGACCUGAGGAGGUGGCUUUUUCCUGUGUAAAUUCAGAUGUCACUGGGACAAAUGUUUCUUCCUUUUUUUGAACAUAUGUCUCUCUUCAUGCCAAGAUGGUAUUUGUUUAGUAUGUAAGCAGACAAGAGUGAGUAGUGUCAACGUGUUAUUGUAAAUGUACUCUCUAACUGGAACAUAUUUUACAAGAGGGCUGUGGAAGCAGAUGGUGUACUACAGCUGACUUCCUUUUUUGUUUCUUAUUUAUUUUGAGAAUGUUCUCUUCUCUUGACAGACUUGGACGUUUUCAAUCUGAAUAGCUUUAAAAGGGGGGAAAAGCUAUUAAUAUAAAGUGAAAAGAAUGAAUAUGUAUGUAUGUACUGUAAAUAAAUAUUUUGUGUCAUAUUUGUGCUA